ACAAUUCCUCUUUUCGCCCCGAAACUUGGGCUUUGCCCUUCUCACAUAUACAGGUAUACAACACACACACACACACUCUCUCUCUGUCUUCUGUUGCUGCUACUGGCCUGCUGCUACUGCUACGUUUUCUUGUAAAGCUCUGCAGUCUGUAAGAGCUUUAAUGGCGGAUUCUUGAAGGACUAAGAAACCGUUCUAAGACGAAGAGGGUUUCCAUGCCUUUGACCAUGGACUGCUUCUCGAGCCUUCUUUGCGCCGAAGAUCGCAGACUCAUCGUGGGCAACGAUGAGGUCGAUGAAGUCGCAAGUGAGCCUUGCGGGAUGGACCAGCAGGAACAGCUAUUCUCCUUCGAUGACUCGGCCGUCGAUGACACUAGAGUUUUGUUGCUCCUUCAGAAAGAAGAAGAAAUGGUACCGAAGGAGGAUUACUUGACCAGGCUUCAUUCCGGAGACCUCGAUGUUUCUGCUCGUAAUGACUCUGUUGACUGGAUUUACAAGGUCCAUAGCCAUUACAACUUUGAACCACUGACUGCUUGUUUAUCUGUCAAUUAUCUGGAUCGGUUCUUAUCGCAGUACGAACUUCCUCGUGGUGGAAAGGCAUGGAUGGUCUCGUUGCUUUCUGUAGCUUGCUUGGCCUUGGCAGCAAAAAUGGAGGAAACUGAUUGCCCCCAACCCAUAGAUUUACAGGUGAUUGAAGGGAAGCCGGUAUUCGAAGCUCGGACGAUUCAGAGAAUGGAGCUUAUGUUGCUGUCAGUACUUAAAUGGAGAACAAACGCAGUGACGCCUCUUUCUUUCAUUGAGUAUUUCUUGUGCAAACUCAAAGACCCAGAACACCCAAACCCCAAAUCUCUGAUUUUUCGUUCCGUAGAGCUGAUUUUAAUCACCACCAAAGGCGUCGAAUUCCUGGAGUUCCGGCCAUCAGAGAUUGCAUUAGCUGUAGCAAUCUCCGUUGUUGGAGAAAGCCAGACCAUCGAUUUCGAACGCGCAUUCGACUCUUGUUCUUCUUUUUCUUCAUCCCAUCUAAAUAAGGAGAGUGUGUUCAAGUGUUACGAGCUGGUUCAGGAGAUUAUUACUUCGAUUGGUGUGGGCAAGAGUCCGCCGAUGAGCCCAGCCGGGGUGCUUGAUGCUGCUGCGCUCUUGAGCUACGAGAGCAGCAACAGAACAAGCACCACCUGUUCAUCUUCCUCCUCUUUAUUCGUCGUCAUUAAUGGUGCUGAGUCUGGGUCGGGAACGAAGAGAAGAAAGUUAACUCUAUGAAGAACGUGAAACAUGAGCUAGCAGCUAGGGAGAGACCGAGCGUUUCUUACAGAUUGGACUCUCGAAGAGAUAAAAAGCAGCGAAAAAUACAGAAGAAAAGAAGGAAAAAGAAAGGAUGAAGGAGCUCUUAAAAGGAGAGAUCUUAUGCAGUUUCAACUUUCAAUCAAGGAAAAAGAAACAAAAAGGAAAAAAAAAGAAGUUACGGUUUACAGAGAGAAAAAGAGAGGAGCGACAGGAGUCGAGGUAGUCUUGGAUGGAGACCAGACUUUGGUGGGUUUGGUUUCUCGGAUUGGUCUCCAUUUUUUUAUUUAUUUUUCUAUCAAACAUUAAUCUACAUAAAUUAUAAUUAAUUAAUGAAAAGCAUACUUUAGAUGUACAUAUAUACAUACACAUGCACGAAUGUAUGUAUAUGUGUGCUCUCUAUAUGUGCGGUUGAUCUCUAUGUUGUUUUUUUUCUUGGUGGAUCCGGGAAGAUGGAAGUAGAAGAAUGGAGAUGAUGUUAUUAUGUGAUGCCAUGCUCAUUUUGGAUAUAUGGGGGCGUAACAUGGGAUCAUUUUACAAUUUUUA